UGCGCGGGUAGCGCUGGCGUCGCCCGCGCCCCCCGCCCCCCCCCCGGCGCGCUCCCCCCGCGCCCCCCCCGUGCGGCGCUGAGGCGGCGGGCGCGGGAGCGGGGCGGCCCCGGGGCGCGGGCCCCGCCGGCAGCCAUGGAGGGCAUGGACGUGGACCUGGACGCCGAGCUGAUGCAGAAGUUCAGCUGCUUGGGCACCACCGACAAGGACGUGCUGAUCGGAGAGUUCCAGCGGCUCCUCGGCUUCCAGCUCAGCCCCGCCGGCUGCGCCUUCUUCCUCGACAUGACCAACUGGAAUCUACAAGCUGCCAUUGGAGCAUACUAUGAUUUUGAGAGCCCAAAUAUCAACGUACCAUCCAUGUCCUUUGUUGAAGAUGUCACCAUAGGUGAAGGAGAGUCUAUCCCUCCUGAUACCCAGUUUACAAAAACAUGGAGGAUACAAAACACAGGGACGGAGGCGUGGCCCCCGGGGGUUUGUCUGAAGUAUGUUGGGGGAGACCAGUUUGGCCACGUAAACAUGGUGAUGGUCAGGUCCCUGGAGCCCCAGGAGAUUGCAGAUGUCAGCGUUCAGAUGUGCAGCCCCAGCACAGCAGGAAUGUAUCAGGGACAGUGGAGAAUGUGCACUGCCACGGGACUCUACUACGGAGAUGUGAUCUGGGUGAUCCUCAGCGUGGAAGUUGGAGGACUUCUAGGUGUAACACAGCAGCUGUCGUCCUUCGAAACGGAGUUCAACACGCAGCCACAUCGCAAGGUAGAAGGAAACUUUAACCCAUUCGCCUCUCCACAGAAGAACAGGCAACCAGAUGAAAACAACCUAAAAGACCCUGGGGGUUCCGAGCUAGGCACAAUCAGCAAAAACACAUGGGGGCCUGCUCCUGACCAAAUCGAACAAGAUCAGAAUGGACUGUCACAAAACUCUGUAAAUCUCUCCCCCAGCAGUCACUCGAACAACUUGUCGGUAGUGACGUACAGUAAGGGUUUCCACGGUCCUUAUCCCUUCGGACAGUCUUAAAACACACAAAACAAAAACGGGUAUCGACAAGAGGAGAAUUUAACAAAGAACUGACUUUGGGGGAAGGGAGGGGGAUUCGUGUGGCAGACACAACGUGGAUCCCCCCUUCCCUGCCUCCGUGUUGUGGAUAAAGAAGAAAAAACAAAAGCCCAGUAACUUAAGACUAGCUGUUUCCAGAGGAGAAAUACAAAAAUCUAAGUAUGCAUGUGUGAAUGCUGGAUUUCAGGAGUGUUGUUAAAUGCUAUGAGAAAGAAAAUAUACCAACACCAUGGGUUUGUUGUUCUUUUGGGGUUUUUUUUUUUAGAGAUCAUUCUCACAGAUAAUUAGGUAGCUUGAAGAGAAGUUUAAAAAUGAAAAAGCCAUCUUUAAAAAAAAAAUAUUUUGCCUACAGAGCGGUUGUAGUUUGAGCAAAUGUUUAAUUUCUGUUUGUUUCUUGUUCCUAUAUUUUUUUUUAAAGAAGGGACAGCGUGCAUUUUUAUGGAACUGUCAAGUUUUGCUUGCUAGGAAUGGGAUUUUGCUUAGCAUCUUCUGGGGUUUGUGCAGUGACUUCUUUUUGUCAGCCAUUUUUUUAAGGACAGGUUGGGCCUGUACCCAGCUCUGCAUUUUUAAUAUCUGCUGGUUUUAGUUAACAGCUUUUUAAUCUUUUCUUUCUUUUAUUUUUCCCUUUUGGUUUGGGUGUUGCUGUUAGUUGUCCUGCAGGUCAUUGAAGACCAGGUCUCAAAAGUUAGGAGAGAGAGAGACUCUGGGACUUGUAGGAUAACAUGGAAGGCUCAUUUCCCUUCCCCUUGUACAUGAAAUACAGACAAAUAGACACCCAUAUGAGUAAGAAACAGAUUAAUUAAAGUUCCAGAGCUGUCUGUGUGGUUAGCAUUUUAAAGUACCUUUUUGUUAACUCUUGAUGUACAGUAGCUGUGCCUAGAGCAGCCAAGCAAGCGUAUCAGUCGUGUGCCAAGAGGAACCUCUCUUUCUGUAGCUGUAAUUCACUUGGUAGUAGUUGCAAAGCUUUAUGGAAGUCACGUCCUUGGAAUUUUGAAUCUCCCAUCUCUUCCAGAGUAUAAGUUUGCAUUCAUUUCUCCUGUGAUGAGGUGUUAGCUUUGGGGCUGGUUGUUUGCGUUUUUGAAUGCAGAGCAAGAGUUAGCAUUGUCAGCUGGAUUCCGCUGUCGCCUUGUACUCAUUGGCCUUCAUUGCCCUGGCUUGUAGGUUUCUUGAGGCUCUUUCCUUCUAAACAGGCUCUCCAGGGCUUGGUCUUGAGGGGAGGAAUCACUGCUGUACAGAUUCAUGUUGCUUUGCUGUUCCUCCAGUGUGUUUUUCCUCUAGUUAGGGACUGGGAAGCCCAGUGUGAGGGGAAGGAGAAUGGCCCCGAGUGCUGUGGUGGGUUUCUGAAGUGCUGUGUCACCACAGAUGCUGCUGGAGGGGAGUGAGGUGAUGGGACACUGGUUCAGAAAUGUGAACAAGGCUCAACAGCCAUCUGCCAAAGCUACAGUCACAUGCAGAUCUCCCACUACCUUCUUCCAGAUCUUUCCAGUGAAGACUCUUGUCCUCCUUGUGUGAGCAGAGCACAGGCUUGUUGCAUGGCACGUGGCUUUACACUGAUUACUCUUGGCUAGUUGUAUUUUCAUGGCUGGUUUUCAAUGGGGGAUUCAUUUUCCUUGCAGCCACCAAGGACUCUCUUAGCUUAGUGCACACAGGUAGAUCUUGUGGAGGACUGGGAGUUCCUUGUAUCCAACAGAGGAAGAGAUUUAGUUUGCAUUUCAGAGGUUCAGUUUUUAAAGGUCAUUGUUAUCUGAAGUCUCCCUUCAAAAAUCUGCUUGCUGAGAGAAACAAGUACAGCCUAAGAAAUUGUCUGCAUAAAAGAGGCACUUGCAGGGGCUGAACUGCUGGCCACUUGCAGCUUGGGGAGCACCUGGGUCUGUCUGGGCACCUCCCUUGAGCUGGGUGAGGGCUUAGAUCCAGAGUGAACCCCUGGAAGGUGGUGCUGCCCUGCCCAGUGCAGCUCCAGGAUUUGGUUCCUGUCCUAUAACAUCAUUUUGCCCUGGGUUAGUUACCUCCUCUUAGCAUCCAGCCUAGGGGGUGGUUUACAUCACUGCAGGGCAAAUGUGGGCAAGUGGGCUCUCUUUGCUCCCUCCUCUCCAAGCAGGUGGCUUGUGUGACCAGCUCUGAAGGCACAAGCACCUCCCUGCCCAUCACACCUCUUGCACUGCAGCUGCUUCCCUUCUGAAGGCAUCUAAACAUUGCAGUCUGCUGUUUGUCCAAGUAACAAGGUGAUUUCUUAUCUUUAUGAGCUCCUUUUAUCAACUGUGUAGUGGAAGGGAGGAAAAAAAUGGAAGAUCUGAGUUUGUCUCUUACAGCUGGUGCUGCAACCUUUGCCUUUUUCAGCUGAGGCAUCUAGGAGACCCUUGAAUUCAAGUUACCCCCAUGUUGGCUUUCCUCUGCUCCCAGCCCUGUGCUCCUCCCGUGUCUAAUGGCUGCCACAUUUGUGUUCCUGUGCUUCUCCUGAGACUGAAUUUUCCUUUUCUUGCAGAAAACAAAACAAAACAAAAAACAACUUGCAUGCACCCCAAGUAGUCGUGUGCUUUCCCACUCAGAAGGCAUUCUUGUUCUGCUCAGACCUGGAUUCUCUCUCGAGUGUGUUCAGUCCGUGGUGUCCUUGUCACAAGGGUCACUUACUCCAGGGUGUGAAGAAAGGCAGGGUCAGACCCAAGUUGCUGCUGAAAUCUGCAACCUCUUGCUGCUCACCUCACUGCUCUUCCCCAGGUGCCUGUGGGCACUCUUGUCUGCAGAAAUGAUCUGUCUACAAAUAAUGCUGCAGAGCUCAGGGUGCUUGGAGGGUCAGGGCUGUAACCCUGGCUGAGAUGGUGGAGGGAUAUUUGAAUUAGUGGUUGCUCUACCUCUGGGUUUUUCCUUGUGUAAAAACUGUUUUGCUGAGGCCAAAGGUGGUUUUAUCUCCUUGGGUUCCUUAGAGUUCAGUGGUACAACCAGCCCUCAAAUGGCUCCUGCUGCCAAGUUUCCAGCUUUUAAGUAGGAGGGUUUGAGGUGUCUUCAGCAAAGCUGCUUCCAGGGGACUUCAGGGCACUGUGGUUGUGUUGGUUUCUGUAGGGUUGGUGCAGUUCAACUUGCAGUCUUAACACCAGAUCCAGGAAAUGACCUGAUUUUUUCAGAGGUGCUGAAUGCCAAAUAUUUUGGUGAGCCUGAAGUGUGGGCGGUGACUCAGGUGACCCCAUCCAGGUGAGUUGUGCACCCAGAACUCAAGCCUGUUAGGAAUGGGAGGAGCUCCUUACAGGUGAACCAGUGAAGAGUCUGUUAUCCCAGUGGGGCUGGUGCUCCUGACUGGGGAAGUGGUGGGGCUGGUAUCUGCUGGGACAGGAGGGUGCAGUGACAGAGGUUGCAACUGGCUCCAGGUUCUGAUGAACAACUGUCUGUCUUGAAGUCCUGAGAAGGAGGGAGGGGAGAUCAUCUUUACCCCCAAACCUUCCCAAAAGAAAGAGAUUGCUGAACAUCUCUGAUGGGCUCCAAAAUGGAUCCUUGUGGCAAGUGAGAGCCACUUAGGAGGUAGAACCAUAUCACUAAUCCAGUCAGCCCAGGCACCCUCUCAGCUUGGGCAAACUGGAGCACAAUAUCUCUUGGACCAGCCCCAAACUGGCACGUGAGGGGAUGGAGGGAGCUGGAACCUGCUGCCCACAUCUCAGGAGCGUUGGAUUCUGCCCCUCCAGGGUUUGGAAAGGGGCAAACAAAGCAGAGGGCAGGUGGGCAGGAGAGCAGCCAGAGGCUGCAGGGUUAGGAAAUGCACGCUGUCCCACCUCUGGGUUUCUGUUGUGUGUUUAAUUUUUUUUCCUGUGUGAGUGUGUGGGUGGUUCUGCAGCCUGUCUGUUCCCCGGGGGGAGUGCAUGUGUAGAACAGGAUGGUGUGUUGCCUCAUGGAGUCUGGGAGAAGUCCUAUGAUAGCACAUUGGGGGUAAAAUAAAGGAAGCUUUUUUCCUUAAUGUAUAAAUGAAUAUUUGUAUGAUUAAAUUAACACAGAAAAAAAGAA